UACACCAAUGCGCCCGCUCCCGGCGCCCGUGGCGUCCCGCCUGGCCGCCGUGCUUGCGGACCCGGCCGGCGUCCCGCUGCCCGUCUUCAACUCCCUCCUCUCCGCGCUCGCUGCCACCGCGGAGCCCUCACACGCGCACCUCCCGCUCCACCUCUUCCGCCACCUCCUCCUCCCGCGCCGCCGCCCCGACGCAUUCACCCUCUCCGCCCUCACCUCCUCCCUCCCCUCCGGCGCCACCGCCGCCGCGGCGGAAGCCCUCCACGCCUUCGCCCUCCGCCUCGGCCUCCUCCACGCCGACCCCGUCCUGGCCAACUCCCUCAUCCGGCUCUACCUCCGCCCGCCCGCCCCCCGCCCGGGCCUCGCGCGCCGCCUGUUCGACGAAAUGCCCGCGCGCACCGCGUCCUCCUACAACACCCUCAUCUCGCACUCGCACACGCCCGACGCCGCGGAUGAGGGCGCGUGGGGCCUCGUCCGGCGGAUGGUCGCGGAUGGGUGCGCACCCGACCGGUUCACGGUCUCUGCCAUGCUGCCCGCGUGCCCGUCCGCCCGCCGGGGCAGGGAGCUGCAUUGCUACGCCGUGAGGGCUGGGAUGUGUGGGGCGGGUGAUUUCCAUGUCAGCAGUGGCCUCGUGUCCAUGUACUGCAGUGUCGGCCGCACGGACCUUGCGCACACAGUUCUCAACGGGAUGGAGCGGAGGAACGUUGUUUCCUGGACCGCCAUGGUGGGAGGGUACACGGAGAACGAUAUGUUUGAGGGUGCUGUGGAAGCAUUCAGGGCAAUGUGGCUGAUUGAUGGCAUCCUACCAAAUACGAUUGCAUUGAUUAGUGUGCUCUCGGCCAUUGAGGCGCUCUCAGCCUUAGCAGAGGGGAAGCAGGUGCAUGGUUUCGCAGUGAGGAUGGCGAUGUAUGGGGAUGUGUCACUGAACAAUGCUUUGAUUGAUACCUACGCGAAGUGUGGGGCCUUGCAUUAUGCAAGGCGGGUCUUUGAAGAUACAAGCUGGUGCAAAGAUGUGAUCUCAUGGGGUGCAAUGAUUUUGGGUUAUGGCAUUCAUGGUAUGGGUGUGGAAGCAGUUGAUUUAUUCAAUCAGAUGCUUGCCUCUGGGGUUAAACCUGAUAGUAUAGUUGGCCUGGGUGUUCUUUCAGCGUGUUGCCGUGCGGGCUUGGUGUUGAAGGGCCUUAACAUAUACAACUCCAUAGUAAAGGAUCAUGGGGUUCAGCCCACUGAGGAGAUGUGUGCAUGCAUUGUUGAUUUACUUGGUCGAUCUGGGCACCUUGACCAUGCCUUGGACUUUAUAAAGUCAAUGAGUGUAGAACCAGGCCCUAGUGUUUGGGGAGCACUUUUGGAUGCUUCUGUAACACACAGCAACAAAGAGAUUCAAGAUUUGGCCUCCAAGUCUCUUCUUAGACUGGGAGAAGGAAAACCAUCAAAUCUGGUUGCAGUUUCUAACGUAAAUGCCUCUUCAAGAAGGUGGAAUCUUGUUGAGCGAGUAAGGAGUACAAUUAAUCAGGGGUCAUUGAAGAAGAAAACUGGUCGUAGUUGGGUAAAUCAAACUUAAGUUAACAAUGCUUUUUUGAGUGACUUAUGGAUGGCCUUUCAAUGAGUGACUUAUGGAUGGCCUUUCAACACUUCUGAUCUAAAGUGUACAUUUUAGAUGGCUGCUCCCUGGAAGGCGAUUGCAUCAGAUCACGCACAUUACUGGUCCAGGGUGUAUUGAAGCUACAAUAUCAGAUCUGCAAUACUCCGUACUUGUAUAUUUAUAGAUGACACAUCUACUGUUGGAGCCUUUAAACAACAAAUAUGCCUUCUAUAGUGUCAAAGUUGUCCGCAAUAUCCACUCUUUCCAUGUUCUCCAGGUUGGACUAACAUAAAGCAGGAUAAUUGUUGUUAAACCAGAUUGAAUGAAAUCAUAAUGGAACUGCAAGAGAGCAAAAAAUCAGAUGCUUAUAUAUCAUGUUCUUACUAUCAGCAUCUGCAUAAGUGGCAAUACAAGCAUGUGAAACAUUUCCUCAAAGUGAAGGGAUAUUUGAUGAACAGGCACAUCAUGGAAGUGGAAAUAAGAAGUCAGAUCGUCGUGUUGUCUCGAGAGCGAAUCUAUGGUCAUAUCUCAGUUGGUAUCUCAUGUGCCUCCUAUGCAAUGCUCGUGUCUGGCGUAAAGGGAGUUGAUCUUUGCUCUGGUUCUGUCCAUGAACAGCCUCGCCAUGUGGAUCCAUCAGCCAUUUCCUUAUUCGAUGAGCAGGCUUGUUCACUUUCAGAGGUGACAGCAGGUUUGGUCCUGCGACCCUUUCCAGAAUAUCAUGACUCACUGGAUUGAGAUCUCACCAUGACGCGAAGGACUCCCCC